AUGCCGUCAGCGACGAAAGAUUCGACAAUUUUGAAGAUUGCGGUGGAAAUGUUGAACGCGCCUGAUAAGGUGCCACAAUUGAUUGAAUUCGAUCAGAGUCAGCCCUUAUCCAGUAUUAUACAGCUGCUUUGCAAGGCUUGGGGACUUCCGGAUCCCAAUAACUACGCUCUACAAUUUUCCGAGAGCAACAACCAGAAUUACAUUACAGAAAAGAAUCGAAACGAAAUUAAGAACGGUUCAGUCCUGCGCUUGGAACAGUCCCCCGCAAAGACAGUGCAAGAUAUACUGUCUAAGAUUAACACAGGAACAGAAUCGGAACAAACACAGGCGUUAAUAAAAUUAUCUGCAGUCAGCAGUGACCUAACAUUUGCACUUGAAUUUAUCAAUAAAAAAGGAUUAUCUUUGAUAAUAAGUAACAUAGAAACUGGUAAAUUCAAAGGUGCCGCAUUAAAAUAUGCUUUAGUAACUUUUGUUGAGCUCAUGGAUCAUGGCAUAAUAUCCUGGGACAUUCUUGAAAACCAAUUUAUCAAUAAAGUUGUAAGUUUUGUCAGUAAUCAAGCCAACACACAAGAUGCCAAGAUCAUACAGUCAUGUUUGUCUAUUCUUGAAAACAUAGUACUCAAUAGCUCUGGUAAAAACUCUCAUGUUGAGAAAGAGAUAACUAUACCAAGUUUAAUCUCACACUUAGAAAAUUCAGAUAGGAUUAUUCAGCAAAAUGCAAUAGCCCUUAUAAAUGCUAUUUUCUCAAAAGCCGACAUGACUAAAAGGAAGACGAUAGCUGCAACAUUGUGCUCUAAGCAAGUGCGAAAUAAAAUCUAUGAAAAUUUAAUCACCAAAAAUAUCUCCAAAGAAACUUCGGUUACAGAACUGGCACACCAACUUUAUGUAUUGCAAACAUUAACAUUGGGCUUAUUAGAACCGAGAAUGCGCCAACGAGCUGACUCACAAGAACAAGAAUCACAAGAGAAGAUAAAAGAACUGAGAAAAUUUGCAUUUGAGAGUGAUAACAAUACAAAUAUUGAAGUAACAACCAGACGUCAGACGGGAAGUCUGUCUAAAGAUUUUAAAAAGCUUGGUUUUAAGUGUGAGCUGGAUCCUAUUAAAGACUUUAAUGAAACGCCUCCUGGUGUUCUUGCAUUGGAUUGUAUGCUUUAUUUUGCAAGGAAUUACAGGGAAGACUACACAAAGAUUGUUUUAAGAAACAGCUGUCGUGCAGAUGAAUUGGAGUGUCCUUUUGGUAAGACAAGUGUUGAGUUGGUCAAAUUAUUGUGUGAAAUAUUGUACAUUGGUGAAGCACCAAGUGAACAGGGUCAGACAUACCACCCUCUAUUUUUCACCCACGACCAUCCCUUUGAAGAGUUAUUUUGCAUUUGUAUUGUACUACUGAAUAAGUCUUGGAAGGAGAUGAGAGCAACUACAGAAGAUUUUGUUAAAGUACUAAGUGUUGUCAGAGAACAAAUCACUAGAGCUUUAGCUGCAGCACCAAAAAGCUUUGAUAAAUUCCGACAGAAGGUCAAAGAGCUGACAUAUAAUGAAAUCACUCAUCUAUGGCAACAGGAAAGAACAAACAGGGAAGUUUGGGAGUCACAUGCAAAACCGAUUGUUGAAUUAAAAGAGAAAAUCACUCCAGAAAUCAUAGAUUUAAUCCAGCAACAACGGCUUGGAGUGUUAGUCGGUGGAACAAGAUUUAAAAAGUACAUGAAAAUCAAUAGGAAAGACAAAUUUUGGUUUGUUCGUCUCUCUCCAAACCAUAAAAUUUUGCACUACGGUGAAUGUGAUGAGAAGAGCACCCCAAGUUUAGAGGAAUUGAGUGCUAAGUUGGCUGUGGCUGAUAUCAAAUGUGUGGUUGUAGGUAAAGAUUGUCCUCACAUGAAAGAUUUGAAGGGAAAAAUAAGUAGUCCUCAUUUGGCAUUUUCACUGAUAUUAAAAGCCGCAGAGGUACCAUCAUUAGACUUUGUAGCACCAGAUGAACAAAUUUUCGACUACUGGACUGAUGGUAUUAAUGCGUUACUGAAAGAGAAGAUGACGAGCAAAUCAUUCGAGAAUGAUCUGGAGACAUUGCUGUCGAUGGACAUCAAGGUGCGUCUACUUGAUGCAGAAGGAAUAGACAUUCCACAAAAUCCACCUCAGAUACCCCCUGAGCCAGAAGACUAUGAUUUCUAUUAUGAAAAUAACUAA